GCUAUAAAACAGCUGAAUGCAGACAACGAGCUUUCGUUUCUCUUCGGGACGACUUCCUUCAGCACCAACGGGACAGCAGCCAAGACUCCCGAGAGCAGGGACCCCCAGACCCACCGGACUCGAGCCAGGACUUUCGUGUGCAGUGGAGCACACGCCUCCUUCCCGCGGCAGCGGCGUCCACCAUGGCGGUGCUCUGGCUCAUGCUGCUGUUGAUGCCGGCGUCCUGCCUGCUGCAGACCACCCAGGAUCCAAACUCGCCCAUAAAGAACGUAAGGAUGGACCCAGAACAUAAACGGUUGACCUGGGACCUUAAUGGAAAUGUGGACCAAAUUAGUUGCAUAGAAGAAUCAAGACUGCCCGUGCAGGCAAAAAACAACAGGUAUUGCUCCUUUGAACUGAUGUCCCCAUGCAAAGUCACAAACUACACCGUCACGGUGACGGAUCCGCCGUUCUCAACGUGGAUUCUCUUCCCCGAGCCAGACGGGACGCCUGGGGCAGCCGCUGAGAAUCUGUCCUGCCGGGUUCACGACGUCGAUUUCUUGACGUGCGAUUGGACGGUGGGCCGGGCGGCCCCGCAGGACGUCCAGUAUCAGCUCUACGUGGAGGACGGGACGACCCUUGAACGGCGUAAGUGUCUGCAUUACAAGACAGAUGACCGGGGAACACACGUCGGGUGUCGUUUCGAUGACAUCUCCAGACUGUCCAAAUACCCUCACGGUUUACGUUUCACGGUGGGCGGGACCAGCGGAGCUGCCCGUGUUCCCUGCACGGAUGUUUUCAGAUAUUUAUCUGCAAUUGAGAAAUUAACUCCACCCAACAUCACCGUGACGUGUAAUAAAACACAUUCUUUCAUGGAGUGGAAAAUGUUAAGCUAUUUCAAUCACAGAUUUAACUACGAACUGCAGAUACAAAAGAGCACAGAGGCUGCAGCCACAGAGACGCUACAGGUCAAAGAACACACCUCCUUUACGCUGCUCAAUACUGGCGCCUACACCGUGAGAAUAAGAGUGCGGGAAGUGUUUGACGAACUCCUGAGCGAGUGGAGCGCGCCCCAGCGCUUUGAGUGUGACCAGGAGGAGGACAUGCACACCCGCUCCUUGCGGACGUCGCUGCUGGCCGCGCUGGGCGUGCUGCUGGCCCUGCUGCUGGCGCUGCUCCUCUGCAGAAGGUUCUCGCUGAUGCAGAAAGUCUUGCCCCCCAUCCCUCGCAUGAAGAACCCCAUCGGUGACGACUUCCCCAGCACGCUGGUACGCUGCGCUUUCCGCCACCUGGCGGUCCCGGGCACGUGGGACGCUCAUCCGCUGGCCCUGGCGGGCGGCUGCGGGCUGCGGGGUUCCCGAGAGGCCGGGCUCCCCGCCUGUGCGCACGGGGCGUCGCCGGGGCCCUGCUGCCCCCGCAGGCGGGGCUGAGACCGGAUGGCGUGGGCCCCUGCGGCUUUGGGGACAGUGUCGCUCCCCUGUCUGGGGCGCAGCGACUCUCCGGGACCC